AUGGUCGUGCUUUCAGUGCCGUCCGAAGUAACUGUGAUCCUGUUAGAUAUCGAAGGUACCACAACCCCGAUUGCUUUCGUGAAGGAAACUUUAUUUUCUUAUAUCAAAGAAAAUGUUAAAGAGUAUCUACAGACACAUUGGGAAGAAGAGGAAUGCCAGGAAGAUGUCAAUCUCUUGAGGAAGCAGGCUGAAGAGGAUUCCCACCUGGAUGGGGCCGUCCCUAUCCCUGCGCUGCCUGGGAGUGGGGCAGACAGCCUGCAGCAGACGAUCCAGGCUGUAGUCGACAAUGUGUGCUGGCAGAUGUCUUUGGACCGGAAGACGACAGCACUGAAACAGCUUCAGGGCCACAUGUGGAGAGCAGCGUUCACGGCCGGGCUCAUGAAAGCAGAGUUCUUUGAAGAUGUUAUUCCAGCUGUCAGGAAAUGGAGAGAGGCUGGAAUGAAAAUAUAUAUCUAUUCUUCAGGGAGUGUAGAAGCACAGAAACUAUUAUUUGGACAUUCUACAGAAGGUGAUAUUCUUGAGCUUUUUGAUGGCCACUUUGAUACUAAGAUUGGACAUAAAGUGGAGAGUGAGAGUUACCGGAAGAUUGCAGACAGCAUUGGUUGUUCAACCAACAACAUCCUCUUCCUGACAGACGUUACUCUAGAGGCCAGUGCUGCUGAGGAAGCAGACGUGCAUGUAGCUGUGGUGGUGAGACCUGGCAAUGCGGGAUUGACGGACGAUGAGAAGACCUAUUACAGCCUCAUCACAUCCUUCAGUGAACUCUACCUGCCUGCAUCAACCUAG